CGCGGGGAGGGGAGCACCGGGCAAAACAUCGUUCGCUGUCCGCCGAAAGUCUUUUCCUUUUCGAUUGGAUCAAAAACUUGCAAUGCGAGCGCAAAACGUCGUCCUCCGAUCAGGGAAGAGAGAGCGAUGGGAGCGACGGAGAGAUGAUGAUUAGCGUGAUGCGUCGUAGCUUCGUCUGAUUGAUUCGGCAGCUUUCAAUUUGUUUUUUAUUUUUUUGUUUCCUUCUUCCCCAUUUGAUUCGUGCCUUGAGAAGAGAAGCCCAGGAACCCUAGAUCUUCGGUUUCGGUGCGGUUCCUUUCCUUCGUCGUCUACGUGCCGGAGCGGUCGCGGGUCGGCGGCGCUGAUUUACGCAGAGCUUUUUGCGUGGUUUCUUCGCGUGACUCGGGUUCGAGGUUAGGGUUUCGGAUCGCUUUUUUUUUUUUUUUUUUGUUUGGGCGGGGGGCGAAGCGGCAGAUGGAGCCUCGCGUGGGGAACAAGUUCCGGCUCGGUAGGAAGAUCGGUGGUGGCUCCUUCGGGGAGAUCUAUCUCGGUACUAAUAUACAGACAAAUGAAGAGGUCGCCAUUAAGCUCGAAAACAUCAAAACAAAGCAUCCUCAAUUGCUAUAUGAAUCAAAAUUGUAUCGGAUCCUGCAAGGAGGAACUGGGAUUCCGAAUGUAAGAUGGUUUGGUGUCGAGGGAGAAUACAAUGUACUUGUGAUGGAUUUGCUUGGACCCAGUCUUGAAGAUCUAUUUAACUUCUGUAGUAGGAAACUUUCCUUGAAGACGGUUUUGAUGCUUGCGGAUCAAAUGAUUAAUCGUGUCGAGUUUGUUCACUCAAAGUCAUUUUUGCAUCGAGAUAUCAAGCCAGAUAAUUUUGUGAUGGGCUUGGGGAGACGUGCCAAUCAGGUGUACGUUAUUGACUUUGGUCUGGCCAAGAAAUACAGAGAUAGCUCAACUCAUCAACACAUUCCUUACAGGGAAAAUAAGAAUUUGACUGGAACCGCAAGAUAUGCAAGCAUGAACACUCAUCUUGGCAUUGAGCAAAGUCGGAGGGAUGAUCUAGAGUCUCUCGGUUAUGUUCUUAUGUAUUUUCUAAGAGGAAGUCUCCCUUGGCAGGGAUUGAAAGCAGGAACCAAGAAACAAAAGUAUGAGAAGAUUAGUGAGAAAAAGGUUUCUACUUCAAUUGAGGCUCUGUGUCGUGGUUAUCCAACAGAAUUUGCAUCCUAUUUUCAUUAUUGCCGUUCACUGCGAUUUGAUGAUAAGCCUGAUUAUUCUUACUUAAAGAGACUAUUCCGUGACCUCUUCAUUCGUGAAGGUUUCCAAUUUGAUUAUGUAUUUGAUUGGACCAUACUGAAAUAUCAGCAGUCUCAAAUGGCAACACCCCCAUCUCGUGCACUGGGUCUUGGUGCUGGACCUAGUUCUGGGAUUCCCCCUCCUGCUGGCCAUGUGGAUAAGCAGUCAGGUGGAGAAGACGGUCGUCCAGUUGGAUUGUCUUCUAUGGAUCCUUCUAGAAGAAGGCUAUCUGGGGCAACUGCAACUGCUGGAAGUUUCUCAAAGCAGAAAAGUCCAUUAACAAAUGAUGGUGCAAUUUCCAAGGAAGCAAUGAUGUCAAGUUCAACAUUUUUGGGACGUUCUGGUGGAUCGUCAAGGCGGGCAGCAAUUUCCAGCAGCCGCGAGUUGUUUAUGGGUGCUGAAUCUGAUUCCAAUCGUGCUCGCACGACAGAAGCCAGUCCCGGAGCAGUCCGCAAGUUUUCAAGUGGCCAAAGAAGUUCGCCAGUCGCUUCAUCGGACCCUAGGCACACAUCCUCCGGAAGAAACGCAGUACACCUUAAGAAUUACGAAAACGCCCUCAAGGGCAUUGAGAGGCUCCACUUCGACAGUGAUGAGAGGGUUCAUUUUUAAAAGGCCAGUUUCGCGGAUUGUUGUAAAUCAAGAACCCUUCCAUGCGAACUGUGGUAGGAUAGGCUACUCUAUCGGGGAAUCGACCAAGUGAAGCAUCCAAGUCCAGGUAUCUUGUGCUGCUAUAUGUUACCGGAAUCUGAAAAUCACGGAUUCAACGAGCGGAUGCAUGCAAAGGGUGAUCUUGCAUCAUCUGUGGAAGUUGGAUUUUCUCGGCCCCUUAAAAAAAAAAAAAAACACCUUUUUAAUCCUUUUCCUUGUGACUUCAUCUGACGAUCAGUGUCUCCGUGUGCUUCCCUCUUAAGUUCUACUUUAGCAGUAUAACACGAUUAUUGAUUUUAAGAAUUUUCUUUGGCCCUGUAAAUUGGCCGUUGUAUUUGUUUAUUGAAUCAUACUCCAGUACACAAAACCCCAAAAAGUUGCUGAAUGUUCCGUUUCAAUUUAGCUCGAUUCGAGGAGAACCUCCGAAUUGACAUGUUUGAUUGUUCGUA